AUGGCAUUUAAUCCAUUUUUAGCAAGGCCAGAAUUAGCCUUGCUACCACCAUAUUUACAACCACCACCAUUUCCAUCUUUACCUGGUCCAACAGGUUUUUUCCCUCGAUUACCAACUGAAAUAACCGAAUAUACAACAUCAUUACCAGCAACAGGUACACGAAUUACGGAUGAUGAUGGUGUAAUCGAUGAUCCAAAAGUGGAAUUAGAUGAUAAAAAUCUCUGGGAUCAAUUUUGUAAUUGUGGUACCGAAAUGGUUAUCACUAAAAGUGGAAGCACAUUUACCGUAUUUUCAUUAAUCAUAACUUAA